AUGGCGACACCACUGACAUCAACACCCCAAGACCCCAAGGGUGAUGACACGGCAGACUUCGGCGACUUUGUGAGCACUGAAGAUGAGGAAGUUGACCUCGAAGAGGUUGUCGAGCCCUGGCAGAAGUACGAUGUGAAGGAAACUCCACGUGUCUUCUACCCUAUUCAUGUUGGAAAAGUGCUUAAUGAGAGAUAUCUGGUAGAGCAUAAACUUGGCUUUGGCGGUUUCUCUACUGUCUGGAUGGCCCAUGACCUUCACGAAAAGAGGGAUGUAGCGCUCAAAGUCAUGUCUCCGGGAGAAUAUGGAGAUUAA